GAGUCGCAAAUCACACCGGUCAACGUACACACACGGUUCACCAUUCCGUCGCCGCCGGCCUUUGAGUGCGCCGCCCGCGAUUGCAGAUCAUUAAUUUAUACCCGUGGAGUAGACUCGGCGUAGUCCCGGGGCUCCUGUGUUGCGCUCGACCGUCCCGACACGCACCAUGUACUGCUCCGUCACGUCCUUUGCUUACGCAGCGAUAGCGUUGAUCGCCGUCUCGACCGUUUUUAACACACACACUGUGAAAGCAGAAAGUGAGAAAAAUGAGAUACGUUGUUAUGUGUGCAAUAGCCAUAAUGACACGGCAUGUGCUCAGGAAAAACUUCCAGAUCAUUUUAAAACUGAAUGCUCAAAAUUAAACAUAGGUGUUCCAGAGGAUAGUCGCAAAAAUUAUACUCUCUGUAGAAAAAUUAUACAAACAAUCGAACCGGAGGUCAACGGAUUACCAUCAGAUAAAAAUCGGAUCAUCAGGACAUGUGGCUGGGAUGUUUCAAAUUACAAUAAUAAAUGUUACCAUCGAUCCGGAUUUGGUGGUAAACAGGACGUGUGCACUUGUUUAACAGAUUAUUGUAACUCGGCGCAAAAGACAUACAUAGCGUUUGCUACUGUAGUGGCAGCAACAUUCGCUAUCCUUAUUUUGUAGGAAUGAGGAGAUUACUCUCAAAUACAAGACAAAUAUUUUUUAUUUAAUAACGGAUGCAAGUAUUUUUAAUAAAUAUUGAGAAGUAUAAAAUCUAAACCAGCAUCUGGUACCUGUAUGACAAAAAAUAUACUUUGAAAAUAAAUAAUACUGUUUUUAUUAGUUGAAACUUUUGUAGCAUACAAUUAUAAGUUAACUAGGUAUGUCACUAUUUUUCUAUAAUAAAGUAUUUUAUAAAUGUA